GUCGCCUGGCGGCGGCAGCCCCGGAGACCCCGACCGGGGAGCCCCGGAGGACCCCCAGUCGGGGAGGACCCGGCCCCCAGCGUCUCCAGGCCUGACCUCCCCUGGCAACCGGCCCCUGCAGCCCAGGCCCCUCCUCCCCGGUGCGAAGGGUCAGCGCACAGGACCCCCGCCCUCCCGGACUGAGGUACCUGGGAACCUUUUACGGUUUUGUCAUGGAUGGAGUUCCAGUGACAAAAAUGAAAGUCAGUCCGAAUUUGAUGAAGAAUAAACUUCAGGAAAUGCAGCAGUUCUUGGGGCUGAAAGUGACCGGGAGACUGGACGCCUCUACUCUGGACAUGAUGCACAUGCCCCGAUGUGGGGUGCCUGAUGUCCACGAGUUCAGGACACUGGCAGGGAGGCCAGUGUGGAGGAAACGCUUUCUCACCUACAGAAUCAACAGUUACACUCCUGACAUGAAGCCUGCGGAUGUUGACUAUGCCAUCCAAAAAGCUUUUCAAGUAUGGAGUGAUGUGACUCCCCUGAGAUUCAGGAGAAUUCACUCAGGAGAGGCUGACAUUAUGAUCGGAUUUGCAUCUGGAGCUCACGGAGACUUCAGUCCUUUCGACGGCAGAGGGGGAAUCAUAGCCCAUGCUUUCGGACCCGGACCCGGUAUUGGGGGAGACGCACAUUUCGACGAGGCUGAAACCUGGACUGCGAACUACAGAGGCACAAACUUGUUCCUAGUUGCUGUUCAUGAGCUUGGCCAUUCCUUGGGUCUUGGCCAUUCCAGUGAUCCAAAAGCCAUAAUGUUCCCUACUUACAGUUACGUUGACCCCAACACCUUUCGCCUCUCUUCUGAUGACGUACGUGGCAUUCAGUCUCUCUAUGGAGGUCCAGAAAGGCGCCAACCCCCAUCACGUCCUGACAGUACGGAAUCGGCCACCUGCAACCCCAGUCUGAGUCUUGACGCUGCCACUACUGUGGGAAAUAAAAUCAUUUUCUUUAAAGACAGAUACUUUGGGUGGAGGAAUCCUGAGAGUCCAAAGAGCAAUAUUAGUUUAAUUUCUUCUUUCUGGCCAACCUUACCAUCUGGCAUUCAAGCUGCUUAUGAAAUUGGAGACAGAAAUCAAGUCUUUCUUUUUAAAGAUGAUAAGUAUUGGCUAAUUAGCAACUUAAGACCACAACGACUCUAUCCCAAGAAUGUACGUUCUUUGGGCUUUCCUAACUUUGUGAAAAAAAUUGAUGCAGCUGUUUUUAAUCCACUUCUCUAUAAGACCUACUUCUUUGUAGGUAACCAGUAUUGGAGGUACGACGAGAGGAGACAACUCAUGGACCCCGGUUAUCCCAAAUUCAUUACCAAAGACUUUCCGGGCAUUGGGCCUCAAAUCGAUGCAGUCUACUAUAAUAACAGACACUACUAUUUCUUCCAAGGAUCUCAUGUAUCGGAAUAUGAUGUCCUGUCCCAUCGUGUCACCAAAAGGCUGAAACACGAUAUCAAGUUGGGUUGUUAGGAAGGGUGUCAUUAGUAAUGUUUGUCAAUUCACUUCAGUUAAAUAAGAAAUUAUUGUUUACUUGCUCUGUGGCCAGCGUACCAGUGCAUGCUGGUGCGUUUCAUAAAAUAAGGUAAAGUCUGUAGGCCAGAGAUAAACGAUCCUACACGUAAAUGGUCAUACAAAUUGCAUAAGAUUUUUCGAUUCUGAAAACCCUCACUGUCAAUUUUUACUUGAUUCAACUAUUCAGCUUCAAAACAGACACCUUCAAGGGGCCAUAGACUAUCUUGGUCCCUGACCAUCCCACAACUGAGACAUUAUCAUGAUUUCUUUGCCUUAACUAAUAUUAAGAAAUAAUUUGUUUCUGUGGCCAUUAAAGGUUUCAACAAGUACAUUUUUUUAAUUCUUUUGGAGUAAAAACAGAAUAUACCAGGAAAUGACAAUUAAUGUAAGUAAUAUAUAAGUAAAUUAUAUAAUUAUGGUGAUAAUGUUAUUUUAUUCUGUUGUCAGUGUUGACUUUUCUAAAUCGUAUCUGAAGUAUACAUAUAUAUAUAUAUUUUUUUUU